AUGCCGAAAAAUACGAAGUCCUCAGCGACUUCGGGUACACGGAAGAAGAAUGCUCGCAAGGCAGCUGUAGGUGUACCCCCUCUGGAAGUCCCUGUCGUCGCGAAACAGAAGAAACAGAAAGGGCAGAAAAAAGAACCGCGGAAGAAGGUCUACAUUCCUCCCUCUAAGCCGGCUCCACCGCAGCCAGAUCCAUUGGAUACUCUCGGCCUUAUACAUAGACUUCCUCCGGAACUUGUAAUCAUUCUUCGAUCCUUGGGAAAGAAGGAUCCAGUCACGAAGGGGCGGGCACUAGAAGAACUUCAAUCAAAAUGGAUCGAUGAAAGCUCAAAGAAGGGAGAUGAAAGCAUGGAAUGCGAUGCACUUGUCACGAUGCUACCAGUUUGGUUUCAUAGGGCUCCUGUAUUCUUCACACAUCCUGUCCGCCGGAUCCGCCUCUUGGCUGCUGCACUCCAUUUCUCGUAUCUACGCAUCCCAGCUGUCCGGGAUGCCGCUAUCUUCUUUUUGAGAGAUACUGCAACAUCUGAGCAAAUUGAAGCUCUUAUGGGUACAUGGUGCAUGCUCGCCCACGAUGUUGACCGUCAGGUAUCUCUGAUGGGACAGAAGUCCUGGUCUAGUAUCACCUCUCCAGGUGUAGACGGAGAAACACCAGUAAACUUCGAAAUGCUGGCCUCCAUCAUGGAAUUUCUUCAAAGAACUCUUUUGGAUCCUUCGGGAGUUCAUCUUUACCUCAACCCUGCUGCACCAGUUGCACCUCCCACUCCGGGCAUCAAGAAGCCCGGCGGAAGAUUCAUUCCGGCAGCCCCUAGUGAAGAACUAGAAUCUAACAAGGCAGAUGAAGAGAGUGAUCUUGAUAGAAAUGCUCGACUUCGUUUUGGUGCACUGGGCGCUUUCCGCUGGCUCUUUGACGCUCGCCUUGCCUCAAAGAUUACGUCUCUAGAUGAUCUAUCUAGAUUUCUAUCUAACCCACUGUUUUGGACGUCGUUAUAUUGCGGUGAGCAUGCGCCUUGGAUUCCGGACCCUGAAAUCCAUGGUCUUGGGCAUGGGCAACCCCAAGUACGUCAGGCCACAUGGGCAUUAUUGUCCGUGCUGCUACAACGUUACAAAGGUGCCAUUGAGCCACUUAUUCCUAUACUGAGCGUUGUUUUACUCCGUUCUGCAUGGGUCGAGACGGACUCAGGAGUUAGAAAUGUUUUGUUCCAGCCGGUCUUAGUUUUUCUCAAAGGUAAACCAAUUUUAAUAGUCUUGGCAUCAAACAUUCCUAACUUUUUGGUUCCACAGAGGGCAUAUGACGCAGAUAAACACGAGGAUGGUGACGAUUCGGAUUCGGAUAACGAGGAGCUCGAGACUAAAAUAUCUUCCACUCGCAAGGAACAUUCUUCUGAGGCAUAUUGCGAAUUUCUUCAAUUCCUUGAACUUGGGUGUGCUGGAUCACCCGUCGAUGGGUAUCCUACGGUCCUUGUUGUUUUGUCGACAAUUCCCUCCUCCGACGGGGAUGCCCCUCGACGAUUUCUCACUUCGUUCUGGGCAGCGAUCGACGGUCAUGCUCUGAGUUCUUUAGAGAGAAAGGUACCUUCUGCCUCAUUCCUUUCGUCCCUCCUGGAAUGUUUGGUGUUCUUCUUGAGAAGACUGUUGAGUGGAUCCCAGGACCAUGGAGCAUUAUCCGGGUCUGUCUCAGAUGGCCUAGUGCCAAAUAACGCGCGUCUACAAGACGUGGCAGAUGAGCUUGUCAGAUCUCAAUUCACGCGCAUUUGGGAAGAGCUUAAAGCAAGGCGCCUAAGAACUGACGAGAAUGAUGUGGGGAAGUUGAUGGCCAGUUCCUUACUAUCUCUGUAUCGCAUGAAUAUUGAUCUUUUCAAAACUGCCUGGGAUACCGUCUCGAGUGCGAUUCUUUCUCAAGAAGACGGGUCUCUCUCUCUUUCACCUACGGUGCUUCGGAUGUUCGUGGACACUUUUGAAACGAAGGACCUUCCUGCAGAGGUUACACGCACUCUCAUAAGCAAAUAUGUGCAGGAAACUGUUGAGAAGUGCGAGACGGUCCUUGCUUCCGAUGUGACCAGUGCUGGAAUUUCGAAGAACAUCAGCGUGGUGAUCACGCUAAUGGAAACGUUUGGAUCUCAUCUAUUCCAGCAUACCGACUUCACUGUGAGAGUGGAUAACAUGUUCAUUAACAAUGCGCUCCGCAUUCUGCAAGCUUCUCCUCAGGCAAUCUCUGCGUUCAUGUCUCGUCGGAAUGACGAGGAUCUUUGUGUGGAGCUAUGGCAUGUUUUACUGGUCGAUGUUUCCCAACAGAUCGACAUGUUGUCGUCACUGCUGGACGUGAUUGGCGCCGACAUAUGUCCCAAAUAUUUACGGCCCGAGGAUGGCGAGUUAGAUGGUGUCAUAGAGCACUUGUUUAUUGAGGUGCUAAACGAAGAUGUGUCGACUUAUCGCAGCGAUUUAGUAAAGAGGCUCAUCCAAGCACAAAACUUUUUCCUCUCGGAGAACGGGCAAGAUAUUUUGUUCCAGACGCUCGUAUCAUCGUUAUCGUCCACUGUAGACGAUAUUCUGUACACAACGAAUGCGCCGUUCACUAGGCUAGCCACUGUUAUAGAGUUCACGCGCAUCAUGCUCAGCAAGAACUAUGAACUUACCAGUGACUCACUGGCAUCUGUUCUCCAAAAUGUUUUCAUCGUAGGAUAUCUACUACCAGUAACAUUUCCCACAUUGGAAACACCUAUAAUCGAUACCGCACGAGGGAUUUGGAAUCUCUGGGUUUCAAAGGCAGAUAUUGGACUACAGGGCGUCCUGAGCGGAAUAAUUAAGGAGAAGUUGAAAGAGCUUCUUCGAGAUUGCUCUACCUACACGCGACCAGAAGAUAUUCUAACGCUUCCAGGUCAUAAGCCGAAAGGCAUUGAUAUCACCCCACUUGCAGACGUCUUCCCUACACCAGGCGAAUUCAACACAAUGAUUAACUCGCUUCCGUCAGAUCCACCAGACCCUAGUCUUGCAUUCAUCGAGUCCAUCAUUCCGGCCAUCUCGGAGUUUGAGAACCCAACCAUCUCUGGCCUGGAAUUCGAUCCAAGGGGUUAUUCACCAUACAUCAGGGUUACAUAUGCUCUUCUGGCAUACUUGGGUGACAACCGGAGCAUCGCUAAGGAGAAUAUGUGGGCACUUCGGCACAUACUGAUACUUGGUCAAUACGCGAACGAUGUUCUACGUGUCCCCGCAACUUCAAGUGAUUGUUUGGGCCAGAUACUGCUAGGGAAGGUUCACCAACUAUCUACUUACCUCCUGUCUACAGGCGACGACGGUCUUCACAGUCAAGUUGUCAGCGCUUGCAUAUCUGCUCGCGCGACAACUUUAUCAGAUGCUUUGGUGUCUUUUGUCGUGGACGUUGUCAAUCAUGCCAAAAGGGAGGAUACUGUCAGAGAUGCACUAGUGCUGCGCUCGGUGUUGAAGCACCUAUUUGCAAGCGCUAGCAAAGCAGAUUCUGACCAAUGGUUGAAUCUAGCACGUAGGCUGGAAAAGACAGCGCCCCAAACUACCGUGACCAUCCUCGCCAGCAUCACUGAAUUUGCUCCAGAGCCAUUGAGAAUGGACCGUUACCGCAACGAGAUUGCCUCGGAUAUCCUCGGAGUGCCCGCUAGCAGAGCAAACACGACAGGAGUCGUCUUGCUUCGUCGUCUUGCAGCGACAGCCCCUGAUCCUGAGUCUGAUGUGGUGUUCUUACCACAGCAGCGCGCUGUCAAUGUCGUAAAGACAUGUCAAGCUUGGGUCUCUUCGGACGAAGAUAUCGAUGAAGAUGUGGAGAAUAUGAUGCCACUUUUGUUCAUUCAUUUGUCCCCGAUUUUGCAGAACCUUGCUGGGAAUCAUUGGGAAUUUAUCUUUGAUGUGGUUGAGAACAACUUAGAGAAUUGUUCUUUUGCCGACAGUGCAACACUGACGAUGCUAGGGAGAUCGCUCCGUCUUAUACUCGCUAUUCAAGAUCUGGUCCUGACCAACAAGCCCCUGCGUGCAAGCUGGGACGGGAGGAAAGAAUCUAUUUUGGCGCUUGUUAAGAACUUGGUAUCCAUGAAACUUGGUCAGUCGCAACUCAGACCAGUAGAGCACGACGCUGAAGUUGCGACAGAUAAUGCCGAUCGCUCUGAGCCACGUUCUCUGUGCAGGGAACUAGCACUUGCGAUGUGUCACCUCCUCACUGAUCCUUCCUACGAAGUUCAGCGCAUGGGGUACAGCCUUCUGCACAAAGCAGCUCGAAAGCGGACCGAAUAUUUUGUCAUCGAAUCUGCUGUUGACACAGAAGACAAUGUUAGCGCUGAACUACCUGCUGAACUUCUUGCGAUUUUGCAAUCGAAUUUCACGUCAGCAGAGGGAUUCCAACUGUACAAAUUUUCCGGUUAUCUACUAGCAUGGAUGAUCAUGUUCGAUUUAUUCAUCGACGCUUACUUCAAUCGAAUGAGGAGCCUUGGUAUCAUGGGAGAUUUCUUCAUUCCUAAUGUUUUCGAUGUCCUUGGCCUGUUCAGUGGAAAGAGGAAGGCAUUCAAACUUGAUAUUUGGGCAGUCGAUGACUUUUUCAUUGACCACUUCGAGCCCGAGAGUGUCCUCAGCAUCCGACUCCUAGCCGCUCAUAUCUAUCAUCGAGCGCUUCUGACAGUCCCAGCAUUAAUACGAGCCUGGAUCUCAGACUGUUCAGACAGACAGCUGUUAUCGCGCGUGGUGGACUACACUGCUUCAUACUUCUCACCAGGCAUUAUCAGAGCCGAGCUUGCGCAAGUGCGGCAGGCUGAUCCAUCGUCAGAGCUACACACAACGGAGAAUCUCGUCAUCAAAGUGUCACCGAGCGCUGGAGAGGUCACAGCCUCCUACACAGUCGAUGAUCAAGUGCUGGAAUUGUCUCUGAGAUUGCCAAACGACUGGCCAUUGCACCGACUUGACAUCCGUGAUACAAAGAUGGUCGGGGUAUCUGAAGACAGAUGGAGAGCUUGGGUGCUGGGAGUACAACAAAUUGUUUGGCAACAGAACGGUCGGAUUGUCGACGGCUUAACUCUAUUCACGAAGAAUGUGACCCUUCACUUUGCUGGUCAAGUGGAGUGUGCAAUCUGUUACUCGAUUAUCAGUGUCAUGGAUAGCAGCCUUCCGCAGAAGCCUUGCAAGACCUGCAAGAACCGUUUCCAUGCAAGUUGCUUGUACAAAUGGUUCAAAAGCAGCCAUUCAUCAAGCUGCCCACUUUGCCGGUCUGACAUACUGUGA